GACAGCUCCGGCACCAGUAUCCGCAACCCUCGCUACAUCGCGCAGCCGCCGCGGCCUCCAUCGCAGCCUGAGUCCCGUUCCUUGCCUCCGCGCCCACAUCCGGGGGCGGUCCGGUCCCUGUCGCUGCGGAGGCCGCAUCUGGCGCUCAUCUGGAACUGCCCGUCCGGCCGGCCGCCCUGGAGCCCGCGCCCAAUCUGGCCCGGCCGCGCCGGGAGCCCUGCCCGGAGCUGGAGCCUCCCCUGGAGCCGCGGGCCCGGGGCCCUGAGCUGCGCAGCCGGCGCAUGGUGAACUCGUUGCUGUUCGGGGAGAUGGCUUUGGCCUUUGGCUGUCCGCCGGGCGGCGGCGGCGGCGGGAGCUGCCCCGGCGGGGGCGGCGGCGGGGCCGGGCCAGGGCCAUCGCCGGUGACGGCGGCGCUGCGGGAUGACCUGGGCUCUAACAUCCACCUCCUGAAGGGGCUCAACGUGCGCUUCCGCUGCUUCCUGGCCAAGGUGCACGAGCUGGAGAGGCGCAACCGGCUGCUGGAAAAGCAGCUCGAGCAGCAGCAGAGCGAACGCGAGCGGCGGCUGCGCUACAAGACAUUCACCCGCGAGCAGGCCGUGCAGACCGGGCCGGAUCUGCUACGGCCACCCGCACCGGGCAGCGGGCACAGCAUCGGCAGUGGCAGCGGCGUGGCGGCCGGCACCAACGCCAACGCCGUGGCCCUGGGCGGCCUGCCCCCCGGCGGCGGCUCUCACCCGCAGCUCUAUGGCCGCUUGCCUGGGACCAUCUGGAGCUACACGCAGGUGCGGCGCACGGGCGGCGGCGGCGUGGAGACAGUGCAGGGCCCCGGCGUGUCGUGGGUGCACCCCGACGGCGUGGGAGUGCAGAUCGACACCAUCACGCCCGAGAUCCGUGCGCUCUACAACGUGCUGGCCAAGGUGAAGCGCGAGCGCGACGAGUACAAGCGGAGAUGGGAGGAGGAGCUGGCCAAGAGCAUGAACCUGCAGACCGUGGUGGACACGCUGAAGGAGGCGGCGCAGGAGGCCGAAGCCAUCCAGGAGGAGAUGAACGAGACGAUCGAGAGGCUGAAGGCCGAGCUGGUGGUGUUUAAGGGGCUCAUGAGUGAUCCCAUGACAGACCUGGACACAAAGAUCCAAGAAAAGGCCAUGAAGGUGGACAUGGACAUCUGCCGCCGAAUCGAUAUCACGGCCAAGCUGUGCGAUGUCGCACAGCAGCGGAACUCGGAAGACGUGUCCAAGAUCUUCCAGGUGGUCCCCAAAAAGAAAGAGCGUAAGGUGACUUCGGACGAUGACAUCUCUGAGCAGGACGGGGAGGCGAACCGGUUCUCAGAUGAAGAGGUCAGCUCUGUGAACAUCACAGACGAGAUGAAGCGCAUGUUUAACCAGCUGCGGGAGACCUUUGACUUUGAUGAUGACUGCGACAGCCUGACGUGGGAGGAGAAUGAAGACACACUGCUGCUCUGGGAGGACUUCACCAACUGCAACCCAAGUAUAGACCUGCAGGGCGAGCAAGAGGAAAACUUGGGCAACUUGAUCCAUGAGACGGAAUCCUUCUUCAAGACGAGAGACAAGGAGUACCAGGAAACGAUAGGCCAGAUCGAGCUGGAGCUGGCCACAGCCAAGAGCGACAUGAACCGACACUUGCAUGAAUACAUGGAGAUGUGCAGCAUGAAGCGUGGCCUGGACGUGCAGAUGGAGACCUGCCGCCGGCUCAUCAAAGGCUCCGCGGACAGGAAUUCCCCAUCCCCCAGCUCCGUGGCCAGCAGCGACUCAGGAAGUACAGACGAGAUCCAGGACGAGUUUGAGCGGGAGGCAGACGUGGAGCCCAUGGUCAGCUGAUGGCUGAGGCCCCCGUGCCUGGUGGUCUUGGUGAUGGGGCCUCUGCCCCUUCUCCCCACGAGGCCAGGAAGGCUCCUCGGAGUGGGGCUCCGGUCCUCACCACACGGACGUCCUCUGCCCUCCCUUCUCUGGAGGCCCCAAGGGACCGCUGCUUCCUUCCUCCCUUCCACUCACCAUCCCCCCGUGCCCCUCUCCAUCCACCCACCCACGGAAUGGUGCUCUCAAUUUCUACACUCCACGUUACCAAUGCAGACUUCUGUCCAGAUGAUGCCGUGUGAACCGUGCCUUUUCCCUUAAGCUGAGCCACUUUGAGCUCCAAAGAAUUAUUCGUAGCAGGUGUUUUUAUACAAAACUCUAAGGUGAGGGCGGGGCCCCGGUGUGGCAGAUUAUGGUUUUCUACCCUCCCACCUGCUCCUCUGAUUGGCUAUGACCUAUGCCCUCCCGUCCUCUGCUGGCCAGCACUGAUGGAGUGGGGCUUGGGCGGUCCACUUCCAUCCAGGACGGAGCUGUUUGCCUCUGCGAACCUUCCACGCCUGGGUGCGGACCUCCCAAGGGUUUUUUUCACUUAUCAAAAGGGAAAAAAAGAUGGAAGGAGGGAGGGAAGACAAAUUCUUAGUUUCUUUUCAGAUCGAGUGGCACAGUGGAGGGACAAGGCACUGUGGGGGAAGGUGGAGCCUCACUGUGUUUAAACUACUAUGCAAAAAACAAAACAAACAAAAAAA